UGCUGCUGUCGCUUCCACAAAUGCUGCUGCGACUAUUUGCUCACUGUUAGGCGAAUGGAUGACUGCAACUAGAUGAGCUUUACAAGUGACUCGAUAAUAUUUACAUAAAUUAUGCAAAACUCUCUCGGCACUGCCUGUUAAUUAUUAAUAUAGCUGCUGCGUGCAAAACUUCAGUCUACUGGGUUUCUACUCUUCUGCUCCUCGUUUAACUGAUGACCAAUCUUAACGGAUAAUGGCUCUUAUACUACAUCUCAAAAGUGUUGACAAUCUUAGAUCAACCUGUAACCGUAAAGCUAAAGUUACUUUCAGAGGUGUCUGCCAUUAUUCCAAAGUUAUUGAAAAUGCAUCAGAAACAGCCAAUUUUGAUGAGAUAUUCGAAUGGCCAGUGGCUCGACCAAUUGAAAGUGAGGAAUGCUUGGAUAUACAUAUAUUUAAUUAUAGCAAAUACUUGAACAACAGACUUAUUGGCACUUUUCGUAUCAUUCUUCAAGAAUUAAUCGAAGUUGGUCACAUCGAGGUAUCAGACACACUUCUUGACAGUAAUAAUGUAGCUAUGAAGACUAAAGUCGACUUUGAACUUACCUAUAAUGCUCCAGAUGGUUCUGUUGGUAUCUGGCAAAAGGGUGGUUUUGAAGAUGUCCAAGCUGAGGAGGAAGAGGAAGGUGAAGAGGGUGAGGAUGGUAAGCAGUUGAUAAUCAAAAACCAGAGACAUUCCUUACCAUCGAGUCCACAGAAAUAUGGAAAGAUGUCAAAGUUUAGUGCUGUUGCUGCUCGAGGUUCUUUUGGUAUAUCUCCAAGUGGGGCUGCAAAGUUUAGUUCAUUGGUCAAGAAUGUGAUGAAACAAAAGCCAGAAGACAGUAACAAGCAAAUACUGGGUGAAGCUGAAGCAGAAGUCCUGUCUGUUGAAGGCAAAAGUGCUAAAAUUGCAUCUUCAAUAUUAUCAGCAUUUGGCACGGAUUCAACCUGCACGGAGGAUGAUCAACGCAGUGAAAGCACUGGAUCAGCUAUUAUGACACCUACUAAAAUGCACCGACCGAAAGUAGAUCAUCAUAUGGAACAUGCAUCUUUACGAGCGCAAGACUUUCAAGUAAGUAAUAAGGUAUAUUGUGAGUCGGAGUCAGUAUAG